UCAAAUGCUAAAGGGUAUUAUAGUCUUUUAAAUGUUGUCCGUAUAAAAUCCCCAGGAAACUUUAACGCUUCAAAUCCUUCAAUUAACUGUCGACGGGCUUUGAAGUCCAACCGCUCAUCCAGAUUAGCUCUCGUCUCUCAGAAAAUUUCACUCCUUUUUUGCAGUUUGAAACCCAUCACAGUUUGAAAAUUCUUCUGGUUGGAAAAGAUAUGGCAAGUACGGCAUGUUUUAUUAUUGUGAGCAGGAGCGACAUUCCUAUAUAUGAAGCAGAAGUGGGCUCUACACCUAAGAAAGAAGAAGCCGCUCAUCAGCAUCAAUUCAUAUUGCAUGCAGCUUUGGAUAUUGUUCAAGACAUUGCAUGGAAUACAAGUGCUAUGUUCUUGAAGGCUGUGGAUAAGUUCAAUGAUUUGGUGGUGUCAGUUUAUGUCACCGCUGGUCAUACGCGAUUUAUGCUGCUUCACGAUUCCCGUAAUGAAGAUGGAAUUAAAAGCUUUUUCCAAGAGGUUCAUGAACUUUAUAUAAAGAUUCUUCUCAAUCCCCUCUACUUACCUGGGUCCCGUAUUACAUCAUCCCAUUUUGAUACAAAAGUUCGAGCUCUUGCCAGAAAAUAUCUGUAAAGUCAUCCUAUCCUCUCAGAUGCAGACAAGCUCAAGGGAGACACUGUGAAACGGAUGAUAAGUUUCUAUGCAUUUUUUUGAUAGGCAUAAGUUUCUGUGCAUCAAUUCAGCUUCUGGUCUUGUUUUGGGAGUACACAUCUUGAUGCCUCCUAGCAAGUGUCCUUAAAUAGUCUAGAAUUUAGUUCCCAGGUUUCAGUUUACAGAAAGAUAAUGAAUGAUCACACGAUUGUGUGGGUUACAUUUGUUUCAAUUGUACUGAGUUUAUUUACGAGGAAUCAUUUUUUCUCCA